GUAUGCUUUAGCUGGUUAUUUAAUUCAAAUCAGGGGCUUUCCCAUUGGCGGAAUGAUUAUGGUAGGUUGAGAAUGGUGAGGCUCUUAGGAUUGAAUCGUGGGGAGGUCGAUGAACCCAGGGAAAUUGCGUCGAGGUCUAAUUUGACAAGCGAGUCCAGUGAAAAUGGGUGGCUCAUCAGGUUCUUUGACUCAUCGUUCUUCUGUGAGUGGAUUGCUGUUAGCUACCUGUACAAGCAUGACCACUCCGGGGUGCGUGAUUACCUGUGUAAUAGAAUGUACACACUUCCCUUGCACGGAAUUGAGAGUUAUUUGUUCCAAGUAUGUUACAUGAUGAUACACAAGCCAAGUCCAUCUUUGGAUAAGUUCGUCAUAGACGUGUGCUCCAAGUCGCUUAAGAUUGCUUUGAAGGUGCAUUGGUUCUUAUUGGCAGAGCUUGAGGACUCCGAUGAUAAUGAAGGAAUUAGUAGGAUUCAAGAAAAGUGCCAGAUUGCAGCCACCUUAAUGGGUGAGUGGCCGCCCUUGAUAAGGCCUCAAAGUGCUCCUACAACCCCUGGAGGCAAGAGCCAAGUUUUGCAUAAGAUAUUCUCAUCAAAACAGCGAUUGUUGUCACUAACAUCUUCACCGCCUACUCAGAGGUCUAUGUCAUUCUCACCUUCAUCAGGAAACAAUUUGCAGGAGGAUGGUAGUCCGCAAUCUACUGAGGAAAACAAGUUAUUUAAGAAGUUUAUGCCAGGUCCAAAAGUUAGAGAUGCUUUGCUUUUUAGAAAGUCAGUGGAGAAAGACGACGACGAGUCUGAAAAAGAUGGUUUCUUCAAGAGGCUUUUAAGAGAUAGCAAGGGUGAAGAUGAGUUGGGCCAGAAGAUUCGUGAUGCUUUUGUCUUUCGUAAGUCUUCUGAGAAGUGUGACGAAGAUUCUGAAAAGGAUAAUUUCUUUAAAAGGUUCUUAAGGGAUGGUAGAGGGGAUGAUGAAGAAUCUGAAAGGGAUGGUUUCUUUAAAAGACUCUUAAGAGACAGUAAAGGUGAGGAUGAGGACUUGCCCUCUAGUUCAGAAGGAUUCUUUAAGAGAUUGUUUCGUGAUAACAAGAAUGAUUCUGAGGAUAGAACACCCAAUAAGACAAUGGAGGAUGAAGAUAAAGAAGGUUUUUUCCGAAAGUUUUUCAGAGAGAAGUUUGAGGAUAAGAAGGAUGGGAAUGACGAAGGAGAUAUUGCAAAUUCCGAAGAGAAAUGUGCAAAGCCUGCUGAAGAGGAUGAAAAAGAAGGGUUUUUCCGAAAAUUCUUUAAGGAUAAAUUUGACGACAAGAAAGAUACAAGUGACAAAAUUGAAGAUGGUACAACCAAUGUUGAGGAAGAACCCUCUGAAUUUUCUUUGUUCAAAAGAAUUUUCCGUGUGCAUCCUGAAGACAGUAAAAGUAGUUCAGCCAGUGAAAACAAUGGUGGGGUGUAUGAAAGUAGUCCGGGUACAGAGAAUUUUUUUCGUAAAUUGUUUAGAGACCGUGAUCGAUCAAUUGAAGAUUCUGAGCUAUUAGGGUCAAAAAGGCAGAAAGAGAAGCAUCCCGGAUCACCAAAGCAGCAAAAUGAGAAAUCAGGAACAAAACCCCCGCUUCCAAUUAAUCCAUCGCAGUUCCGGAAAGGGGCUUACCAUGAAUCAUUGGAUUUUGUGCUGACGUUAUGUGAGACAUCAUUUGGUCUAGUGGACGUAUUUCCAGUAGAAGACCGUAAAGAUGCCCUGCAUGAGUCACUUGCAGAGAUCAAUUUACAUUUAAUAGAAGCUCACAAUAUUGGAGGAGUUUGCUUUCCGUUGGGAAAGGGCAUGUACCGUGUACUUCAUAUACCUGAAGAUGAAGCUGUUAUCUUGAAUUCUAGGGAGAAGGCACCGUACAUGAUUUGUGUUGAAGUUUUGAGAUGUGAAAUGCCAAGCAAUUCCAAAGAGACAUCUAAUUCUCAGAAACUUUCAAAAGGGGGGAUUCCGUUGGCAAAUGGAGAUGCUUUCUUUCAAAAACCACCCCCUUGGGCAUAUCCAUUAUGGACAGCUCAAGAAGCAUAUCGCAAUAGCAAUGAUAGAAUGUCCAGAUCAACUGCUGAGGCUAUUGACCAGGCAAUGACCCAUGUGCCUGAUGCAAAAGUCAAAUUUGUUAGUGUGAAUCUUUCUGUGGAAGCACCAUUUCAUUGUAGGUCAGAGAAUACUGAAGCAGAGCUCUGUGAUGGCAUUAAGCAUAUUUCAAUUUACAGAGAUGGUAUUCAAGAAGUGGGAAGGUCAGGAAAUGACAGUGAUAUGGAGUGGGUGCAGGUAGUAUUGAAAGCUGAUCCUGGGUUAAAAAUGGAAGAUAUUGAGGAUCAAACACCAAAACGGCGGAAGGAACAUCGACGUGUUCCAAGUACAGUGGCAAUAGAGGAAGUAAAAGCUGCGGCAGCAAAGGGAGAAGCACCCCUUGGACUCCCUUUGAAAGGUGCUGGUCAAGAUUCAUCAGAUGCACCACCAAGGGCUAAUGGAAUUAUACCCAAAGCUAGUGAUGCCUUGUCUGGUGAACUUUGGGAGGUAAAGAAAGAGAGGAUCCGUAAGGCUUCUGUCCAUGGGAAUUUACCUGGUUGGGACUUGCGAUCUGUACGUAUAUUUAUCAAUCCAAAGAAUUCUUUUUGUUUGUCAUCUUUUUUUAAUGUCAUGAAGACCUCUGUUUUGUAUUCUCAUUGCUUGUUUGCUUACAGUUUUCCUUUAUUCUCUUUCUUGUAUAUGAGUCUUGUUUUUCGAAUAUUCCUAGGAGUUUGCUUUCCGUUGGGAAAGGGCAUGUACCGUGUACUUCAUAUACCUGAAGAUGAAGCUGUUAUCUUGAAUUCUAGGGAGAAGGCACCGUACAUGAUUUGUGUUGAAGUUUUGAGAUGUGAAAUGCCAAGCAAUUCCAAAGAGACAUCUAAUUCUCAGAAACUUUCAAAAGGGGGGAUUCCGUUGGCAAAUGGAGAUGCUUUCUUUCAAAAACCACCCCCUUGGGCAUAUCCAUUAUGGACAGCUCAAGAAGCAUAUCGCAAUAGCAAUGAUAGAAUGUCCAGAUCAACUGCUGAGGCUAUUGACCAGGCAAUGACCCAUGUGCCUGAUGCAAAAGUCAAAUUUGUUAGUGUGAAUCUUUCUGUGGAAGCACCAUUUCAUUGUAGGUCAGAGAAUACUGAAGCAGAGCUCUGUGAUGGCAUUAAGCAUAUUUCAAUUUACAGAGAUGGUAUUCAAGAAGUGGGAAGGUCAGGAAAUGACAGUGAUAUGGAGUGGGUGCAGGUAGUAUUGAAAGCUGAUCCUGGGUUAAAAAUGGAAGAUAUUGAGGAUCAAACACCAAAACGGCGGAAGGAACAUCGACGUGUUCCAAGUACAGUGGCAAUAGAGGAAGUAAAAGCUGCGGCAGCAAAGGGAGAAGCACCCCUUGGACUCCCUUUGAAAGGUGCUGGUCAAGAUUCAUCAGAUGCACCACCAAGGGCUAAUGGAAUUAUACCCAAAGCUAGUGAUGCCUUGUCUGGUGAACUUUGGGAGGUAAAGAAAGAGAGGAUCCGUAAGGCUUCUGUCCAUGGGAAUUUACCUGGUUGGGACUUGCGAUCUGUAAUUGUUAAAAGCGGGGAUGAUUGUAGGCAGGAGCAUCUGGCAGUUCAACUUAUUUCACACUUCUAUGAUAUUUUCCAAGAAGCUGGCUUACCUCUCUGGCUGCGCCCAUAUGAAGUGUUAUGUACUUCUUCUUACACUGCUCUAAUUGAAACAAUUCCAGAUACGGCUUCUCUACAUUCUAUAAAGAGUAGGUACCCCAACAUCUCAAGUUUACGUGAAUUUUUCAUUGCCAAGUAUCAAGAUGAUUCUCCAAGUUUUAAACUUGCCCAGAGGAACUUCGUAGAAAGUAUGGCUGGAUAUUCCCUGGUUUGCUACCUUCUGCAGGUGAAGGAUAGGCAUAAUGGGAACCUCUUGAUGGAUGAAGAAGGUCAUAUUAUACAUAUUGAUUUUGGUUUCAUGCUUUCUAAUUCACCUGGUGGUGUUAAUUUUGAAAGUGCACCUUUCAAAUUAACCCGAGAGCUUCUUGAGGUCAUGGAUUCUGAUGCCGAGGGAAUUCCAAGCGAGUUCUUUGAUUAUUUCAAGGUUUUGUGCAUUCAAGGCUUCCUUACUUGCCGUAAGCAUGCUGAGCGUGUUAUUCUUCUUGUUGAGAUGUUGCAGGACUCUGAUUUCCCCUGCUUUAAAGGUGGUCCACGGACAAUACAGAACCUACGAAAGCGUUUCCAUCUCAAUUUAACAGAAGAGCAAUGUGUAUCUUUGGUGCUUUCCCUCAUUAGCAGCAGCCUGGAUGCAUGGCGGACUAGGCAGUAUGAUUAUUACCAGAGGGUUUUGAACGGGAUUUUGUGAAAUAGUUUGUCAAUGAUGAUCGUUUGCUUGUUCCCUUUUGACUAAAGCUCGCACGGUGAUUGUUCAUCAAAUAGUAUUUGCUUUUAUAAGUCAUUGGAGGAUGGUUGGUUCACUGUGGUAUGGCUUUUAGAGUUUUCUGAGAAGAAUUAAUAGGUGGCAGAGUGCAGCCUCUAUUCUCCUUGUGAGGGUGGGAGGAAGAUUCUGAUGCGAAAAUGUACUUUCCACAGUCUUAGGCUAAAUUUACUUGAGCCGAGUCUUUUGAUUUUUUCAUCCUUGUUUCUUGUGAAUGAAGCUCUGCUGCCUGGAGAAAUUGCAUAAGCCCCUCAAAAAUGCUGAGAUGGUGCAAAUUGUACAGUGAUUAUAGCGGGAAUACGGACAAGAUUUAUAUUGGAUGUGGCUGAGUUCUGUGAAAACUGUUUGAUUGGUUCAUCGAAGUCUUUCCGUUGAGCUGCUCAGCAUAUACCGACCCGUUAUCAUUUUGGAUAUCUGUUAACAUGGGCAGACCAUCAGUUGGCAAACUGCUGUUAUUUUUACUGAUCUCAGCUGAUCAAUGGCGUCUGUCUUCCCAGAGUUGAUUCUUCAAUGCUUAAACUGGAAAAUUGUUCUCAAAAUUCUUUGAUGAUAUUCAAUUGUAUCAUGUGUAAUCGAUCCUGUUUACUAUCACGGUGAAAUUUGUUCACCUUCAUAUCUAUCAUAAAGUUUUGGUGGCAUAAUGUCUCUGCAGCUAUAUUUUA